UUGCUCGCUGCCAGUUAGAGGUCCGACACCUUACAGUACGCUGCUCACCAUCAUUCACCGCCGCGUCAGGCCUAAACACACUUACCACGAGAGGAAGAAGAAAAAACGGUCGAUAAAUAAGAAAUAGAACGAGAAGAGGUACAUAUACAAGACAAGGAGUGGGGAAACUUAACGAAUGAAGAGAAAGAAAAUUGCUCAAAUUUCGUGUUCUCGUACAGAUACAGGACUCGGGUUGUGUUAGUGAACAGUAUAUAUGAAACCAAGGCUUCUGGGAAACUUAAAGAUAGAUUUUAACUGUUUCUUAAAUCAUUAACUCGAACAGACAUCUAAAUUGAUGAAAGAAAUUACAGAUGCGAGGCUGAAACUAGUGUUCCAAACUCUUUCGUUCUUCGUUCCAAACUUGCGAUACUGUUAAGUCUCUUCACCUCAAAACAGAGACCCGAUUCGUGGUUGUGACUGAAGCUGUGAGUAAGACCUCCAGGAUAAUAUAAACCUGUGAGGAGUCUGGUUACAGUAAGAUGAGGUAAAGACUGCUGGAGGCACUACUACAGGCACCUUCUACCUGACCACCCCCAGCACAGGUGAGACACGCGUGAUGCGAGCCGGGCAGCGGAACACCUUCACGUCAUGAUCUAUCGGGUGUCGCGUUUCAUCCCCGGGGCGAUAGUGAGGAUGAUGGUGAUGGUGAUGCUCCGAGGGGCUGGACGGCACGACUAUGACGCCUCCGACCACCUCUUGACGCAGUACGACUUUAUUGUUGUUGGGUCAGGGUCGGCUGGUGGCGUGGUGGCGGCGCGAUUGUCGGAGGUGGCAGAGUGGCGGGUGUUGCUGUUGGAGGCUGGAGGACCACCGCCCCCUGAGAGUGUCGUUCCGGCACUCAACGUGGUCCUCAUGCAAAGUGACGCUGACUGGAACUACUUCACUGUGCCACAGAAACACGCACUACGAGGCUACGUCAACAAUGCGUGUCACUUCCCUCUGGGUCGUGCCCUGGGCGGCUCCUCCACAAUGAAUUGGAUGAUGUACGUCCGCGGCAACAGGCGGGAUUACGACAACUGGGAAGCGAUGGGCAAUCCUGGCUGGCAGUACGAGGACGUCCUCAAGUACUUCAAAAAGGCGGAGGACUACAGAGGAAACCGCAAUGUUGAUACAGCUUCCUAUCACGGGUUUGAAGGGCCGUCUAGUGUGGACAACAAGAGGUGGGGGACGCCCAUCAUGCACGCCAUCCUGAAGGCGGGGCAGCAGCUUGGGUACAAGAUAAUAGACCCAAAUGGACCUGAACAAAUUGGCUUCUCCAUCCCGGAUAUGACCCAGAAGGAAGGGCGUCGUGGGUCAACAGCUGAGGCCUACAUCAAGCCUGCCUCUAACCGCCCCAACCUACACGUCGCCUUCAACGCCCACGUCACUCGGAUCCUGUUUGACCAUAACAAGAGGGCCGUCGGUGUUCGCUUUGAGCAGCAUGGACGGGUGAGGACAGUGUUGGCACGGAGGGAGGUGGUGGUGUCAGCAGGCGCCGUCGGGUCUCCCAAGUUACUGAUGUUGUCUGGUGUGGGCCCCUCACAACACCUGCAGGAACACCACAUCCCGGUGGUUGUGGACUUGCCCGGGGUUGGUCAGAACUUCCAUGACCAUCCCUCCAUCUUCGGUCUUACUUGGACUGUAAACAAAGGCUCUGCUGACACAGUGUUCCGAAUCGCACAGCCUAAAGCGAUAACAGAUUACUUGAAAUACAAAAAAGGGCCGCUCACCUGUCCUUUCGGGGUGGAGGUGAACGCUUGGAGUCUGGCGGAGGAAGGUGACCCAUACUGGCCCGACCUUCAGUACCUGUUUGUGUCCGGCACCCCCGCCUUCGACUACGGCCUCUUCAUAACAGAUGGCAUCGGCUACAGGAGAGAUCUGUUCCACAAGCACUACAAGUCACUGAUUGGUCAGGAGGGCUUCACCAUUGGCCCCAUGUUGACCCGUCCUAAGAGUCGUGGGUCAGUGACGUUAAGAUCUAGUGACCCUCUGGACGCCCCGCUCAUUGACCCCAACUACUUCUUGUGGUACUGCAUCAAGUUCUCCCUGGAGGUUGGUAAGGCGCCAGCACUGAGAGUAGACCACGGCGCUAAGUUUCACGAUAAGGUAAUGUUGUUGACUGUACCCUACGUGAGGAAGGUGUUGCCCGGGUGUGAGCAGCAGGUGUUGUGGUCAGACGAGUACUGGGCAUGUUAUACGAGAAACAUGGCCAAGACGACCUACCACCCAGCUGGCUCCUGUAAGAUGGGUCCCGCCUCAGACCACUACAGCGUCGUCGACCACACCCUCAAGGUGCGGGGCGUGGCAGGACUGAGGGUGGUCGACGCCUCCAUCAUGCCGCUGGUGGUAUCUGGCAACACCAACGCUGCAGUUAUCAUGAUCGGUGAGAAGGGCGCCGACCUCAUCAAGCAGGAUUGGGGCGCCCCUGUUGACCCUCUGUUGCGGAUACAGAGUCGUGAGAUACUUAAUGCUAUGGAAGAGUUUCAAAUACGUUUCCAUGACAAGCUGUUUACAGAGAUCCGCCUGGAGAUGACGCUGCAGCUGCCACAGUUACCAAGUGAGGUGUUUGUCCUCCUGCUGCGGCUCCUGCUGUUGGUGCUCUUCCCUGGGACGACACGACACGACUACGACGCCUCCGACGACCUCUUACUCCAGUACGACUUCAUCGUCGUUGGGUCAGGGUCGGCGGGAGGCGUGGUGGCGGCGCGGCUGUCCGAGGUGGCGGAGUGGCGGGUGUUGCUGCUGGAGGCUGGAGGACCACCGCCCCCUGAGAGUGUCGUUCCUGCAUACAACGUGGUCUUGCAGGACGCUGAUACUGACUGGAAGUAUAAAAUGGUGCCCCAAAAACAUGGACUGAAGGCUUACGUCAACAAUACGUCUCCCUUCCCUAUGGGUCGUGUCCUGGGCGGGACAUCCGUUUUAAACUCACUGGAGUACGUCCGUGGCAACAGGCGGGACUACGACAACUGGGAGGCGAUGGGCAACCCUGGCUGGCGGUACAAGGACGUCCUCAAGUACUUCAAGAAGGCGGAGGACUACAGAGGAACCCGCAAUGUUGAUACAGCUGAGUACCAUGGUCGAGGAGGACCUCUGAAAGUGGAGGACAAGAGGUACAGCGCCCCUGUCACCAGUGGGUUCCUGAAGGCGGGACAGCAGCUCGGCUACAGCAUCAUCGACCCCAGUGGACCAGAACAGAUCGGUUUCUCCAUCCCGGAAACAACUACCCAGGAUGGUCGCCGAGUGUCCACAGCUGAGGCCUACGUCAAGCCCGCCGCUACCGCCCUCAACCUACAUGUCGCCUUCAACGCCCACGUCACUCAGGUACUCUUUGAUGACAAUAGACAGGCAGCCGGAGUCCGCUUUGAACAACGUGGUCAGGUGAGGACAGUGUUGGCACGGAGGGAGGUGGUGGUGUCAGCGGGCGCCGUCGGGUCUCCCAAGUUACUGAUGUUGUCUGGUGUCGGCCCCUCACAACACCUGCAGGAGCACCACAUCCCCGUGGUGGUGGACCUGCCUGGGGUUGGACAAAACUUCCACGACCACGCCAUUGUGAACGGACUUACGUGGAGUGUGAACAAGGGGUCGGCCACCUCUGGUCUCCUCCUCACCAGUCCCACGGCAUUCAAGGACUUCGUUCAUGAUGGUCAAGGUCCGCUAACUUCAUCCUUCGGGUUAGAGGCGAACGCGUGGACUGUGACGGAGGAAGAGGAGGACCCCGGUUGGCCUGACCUACAGUACACUCUCUCCUCCCUCUCUCUCCCAAUCGACCACGGCGUUGUCAGUACUCGCGGCUAUGGACUAAGAAAAGAUCUCUAUCAUCAGUACUUCAAGGGGCUGCUGGGACAGGAGGGCAUCACCAUUUGUCCCUCCUUGACCCGUCCUAAGAGUCGAGGGUCAGUGAAGCUCAGGUCACGUGACUUCAGGGAUCCUCCACUCAUUGACCCCAACUACCUCAGCCACCCUGAUGACGUCACUACGCUCGUUAGAGGUACUGUAACUACCCACUCACCGGUGAUCAUUGCCCUUAUCAGUUGUGUGUGUGAUAUAAAAUUCUACAGAGGUACACAGUGGCCAUGGUCCUCUACCCCUCUACUCUUAUCAUUUACCUAUGUUGGUCCGGGACACAACGUGAAAAUUGAUGUACAGUGUGACUACCAAACAUCACAGGUUUUCUCCGGAAAUAACAACUUAAAUGAACUACUGAUGCUCCUUCUCUCCCUGGCCGCCACAGGUAUCGAGUUCGCCCUGAAAGUGGCCAACACAACCGCGCUGAGAGACGACCACGGCGCCAAGUUUCACGACCAGUGUGCGACUAUGCAGGUAUUGCCUGGUUGUGAGAGGUGGUGGGAUGUGGCCGGAUGGGACUCCUACUGGGCCUGUUACGUGCGUCACAUGACUACCUCGUUCUACCACCCAGCGGGCUCCUGCAAGAUGGGUCCCGCUUCCGACCUCCUCACUGUUGUCGACCACACACUCAGGGUGCGGGGCGUGGCAGGACUGAGGGUGGUCGACGCCUCCAUAAUGCCGGUGGUGGUAUCUGGCAACAUCAACGCUGCUGUUAUCAUGAUCGGUGAGAAGGGCGCCGACCUCAUCAAGCAGGAUUGGGGCGCCACUGUUGACCCUCUGUGAAGGAUACACCUGUAACGACCUCAUCAAGCAGGAUAGGACUCCCUUUUCUGCCAAGUCUACCUCUGCUUUGCAACUGGACAUCAGUCCAUACGGGGCCAGGACAAAAGCCCCUUAGGACAAAAGCCCCUCAGUAAAAGUGCAAAAUAGGACAGAAGUCCCCGUUUUUAUGUUAGAGGG